UCAGUGGUCUGUUAAUCCCGGCUCCCCUGCCUGGACUCCCUGGCUGCUGUAUUCCUGCGGGAAAGAGAGAGAGAGAGAGAGCGGAAGAGGAAGAAAGGCAGAGAAAGAGAGUGAUCAAGAGAGAGAGAGAAACAGAGAGAGAGAGGAAGAGAGGAAGUGAGUGAGUGAGACAGAGAGAGAGAAAGGGGGGAAGAGAGAAAGUGUGUGUGUGUGUGUGUAUGAGAGAGAGAGAGCAUGGCACAGAGCCAGUAGCAGGACAGAGCGCUCCCAGCGCGUCUGCUAGUCUACUCUGCGACCCAGGCUGCUGUGCCGUGAAACAACAGGGGAAAAAAACACUGCACAUAGACUGAGUGAACAAAACAAACAGAUAGACAAACAAACAAGGAGAGGAACAACAAGUGUGAAACGGAAAACCGAGGGAAAACAGGGGUAGUGUAAAUUGAAGAGAAGGAGGAGAGCAGGAGAGGAUGACAGCUAGUGUGCACAUCCUGCGACAGUGCUGAACGGGAGCUCUGCACUCCUCUCUCUUUCUCUCUCUCCCUUUCUCCCACCCUCUCUCUUUUUCUCUCUUUCUACCCGUUUGUGCUGUUUGACUUUGGCGGAAGUAAGUUUAAAUGCUUUGAGUCCUGUGGACAUGGAGUCGCCCACGAGAGAGAUUGAAGAGUUUGAGAGCACCUCACUCAAGUACCUGCAGCCCGAACAGAUCGAGAAGAUCUGGCUUCGACUCCGAGGACUGAGAAAGUACAAGAAGACCUCACAGAGAUUACGGUGCCUGGUGAAACAGUUGGAGAGGGGAGAGGCAUCCCUGGUUGACCUCAAGAAGAAUCUUGAAUAUGCAGCAUCUGUGCUUGAGUCUGUGUACAUUGAAGAAACAAGGAGACUGGUGGACACCGAGGAUGAGCUCAGCGACAUCCAGUCUGACUCGGUGCCCUCGGAGGUGCGUGAUUGGUUGGCGUCCACCUUUACGCGUCAGAUGGGGCUCAUGCUGCGGCGCACGGAGGAGAAGCCGCGCUUCAGGAGCAUCGUCCACGCUGUGCAGGCCGGCAUCUUUGUGGAGAGGAUGUACCGGCGCACCUCCAACAUGGUGGGGCUCAGCUACCCGCCGUCUGUCAUAGGUGUGCUUAAGAAUGUUGACAGGUGGUCAUUUGAUGUGUUUGCUCUGAAUGAGGCAAGUACUGAACAUGCCCUCAAGUUCAUCUUCUAUGAGCUCCUCACCAGAUACGACCUCAUUAACCGCUUCAAGAUCCCCAUUUCGGCGCUGGUGUCGUUUGUGGAGGCACUGGAGGUGGGCUACAGCAAACACAAGAACCCAUACCACAACCUCGUCCACGCCGCGGACGUCACGCAGACCGUCCACUACCUGCUGCUCAAGACUGGCAUGGUGCACUGGCUGACAGAGUUGGAGAUUUUUGCCAUGCUGUUUGCUGCUGCUAUCCAUGACUACGAGCACACAGGAACCACAAACAACUUCCACAUCCAGACAAGGUCAGACACGGCCAUCCUGUACAAUGACCGCGCAGUGUUGGAGAGUCAUCAUGUCAGCGCUGCAUAUCGCCUCCUGCAGGAUGAUGAUGAGAUGAACAUCCUGUACAACCUGUCCAAGGAUGACUGGAGAGAGUUGAGGGCUCUGGUGGUGGAGAUGGUGUUGGCCACAGAUAUGUCCUGCCACUUCCAGCAGGUCAAGACCAUGAAGAACUUCUUGCAACAACCAGAGAGCAUUGACAAGUCCAAGGCAAUCUCUCUCCUCCUUCAUACGGCUGACAUCAGUCACCCUGCUAAGAACUGGGAUCUGCACCAUCGCUGGACCACCUCCUUAUUGGAGGAGUUCUUCAGACAGGGCGAUAAAGAGGCAGACCUGGGUCUGCCCUUCUCACCGCUGUGUGACCGCAAGUCAACCAUGGUCGCCCAGUCCCAGAUCGGGUUCAUUGACUUCAUCGUGGUGCCGACCUUCACUGUUCUAACGGACAUGACGGAGAAGAUCGUCACACCGCUCAUCGACGAAGCGGCACACUCCAGCCUCGCUGGCUUCAGACGCUCCAGUCUGAAUAGUAUUACCUCUGUGGAUGCCAAGCACAGCAGCAUCAACAGCACGGGCUCUGACAGCAGCUCGUCCCACCACGGGCCCCUCCUGGCCGUCGACCCCAAGAACUUCAAGGCCAUCUGGAAUGAGGAGGUGUCCCAGAACAGGGAGCGCUGGAAGGCCCAGGCUGCCAAAGAGACAGAGGAAAAGGCCCGCCGUGAGGCAGAGGACCAAGCCCAGCAGGAGGCCCCUGCGGGAAGUCAAGAGGGACAAACUGAACUAGAGCAGCCAGAACCAAAGAAGGAGGAGGGCGAGGAGAGGGACGGGCUUGAGUCAGUGGGCACUGAGAGCCCAUUGGAUGAGAGCCCUGUCAGCCAUCCUGGAGAGGGUGGCAACACUUUACAGAAUGGAGAGGUGUCAGAGGAAGCCAAAUCCCCAGGCAGUGAUGACAGCAUGAAACAAGAUGCUGAAUGAUGUGGAGAGUGGUUGGAGACAGUGGACGAGGCCUCCAUGCUGCUGUCCCAAACCGCACUGCUGCAGAGGAAACAAAGGAGCGGACUCCUCGUCUGAAGCUCUAGUGUGCCCCCUGGUGGUUAAUGCUGACAUGUGUAUGUUCAAGUCAAUGUUUUUGUUUUCAUGUCCAGUGGUACAUCACUUGCUUUUUCACUUGCUUCUACUGGUGGCUAAGCCCAUGUGAUGCCUUCAUGUCCAUAGGCUCUGGCUUUGUGUCCUGUAUAUAAUGUAAAUAUACAUAGUUCUGUUUUUGUCUGUGUUUCUUUCUUGAGAGAGAAAGAAGGCGGAUUCAGGCUUCUGGGCUCAUCUUCCCUUUGAUCUUGCCUUCAAUUUCGUGGCCUUUUCAUGUUUUUUUUUUGUUUGGUUGUUUUUUUUUCUUUGUUUUAUUUAUGUGGAAUUGAAUAUAAGACAGUUUAUGUGCCUGCAUGUGAGUUCAUGGGUGCCUGUGUGUGAGAGUGUGUGUGUGUGUGUGUGUUUACGUUUUGGUGUGCAUGUUCGUUUGUCUUGUACUUUCUUUCUUUCUUUGUCAGUGCACCUGUGCAUACAAACAUCAUAUCAAAUAUCUUCCUCUGUUGUCUUACUGCCUUCUGCCGCUUUUAAUUUUAUAUAUUUGUGUAUUUCUUUGUUUAUACUGUACUUCUCCUGAUUCAAGCCACCUGAUUGCUUAUUUGCCAUUUGCUACCUGAAGCAUAUAGUUCCUCAUUGACAGAAGGAUUCUCAGUGUGAGUUCACAAUGGCAGAAGCAUGCCGAUAUAGUGACAAUUAUGUGUCCAUAUCCCCACAGAAUACACAAAACUGAGUAGACAGAAAAUCGAAGUUUAUAGAAUCAUUUCCAUUCCUUGGUUAUAUUCUCUAAUUUUAGUCACAGAUGGAAUUUCACUAUUUCCAGUCCAGUAGCAAAUACUACAGAACCAUUGUUGAUUGUUUGUUGGUUACUGAUCUAAACGUCAUCUGUGAUUUGAAGCUCCUUCGUGUUCAUUUGUUGUGUUGGUAUUUAUUGUGACUCAUGAUAAAUAUGUUUUAUGGGUGACAGCAGUCUCUUAGAUAUCAGAGGUGAAAGAUUAAUAUCAGUGCUGUUAUUGGUUUAGUUGUACUUUUUAUUGCCACUGUACAGAGUGCACAGACUGCAUUCUAAUGAUAUCCUUUUUCCCAGUUGCACAUGCCAGUGAAGUAUGUUAUUUAUUUACAUUUCUUUCUGAUGUGGUGUGCAAAUAUAAUACAGCCAUGUAGAAUCUCAUCAUUAAAUUGUAUCUUCCAGGUUAUUUUUGUUUUACCAGUGAUUAGGAUGGGCUUUACAUCACCUCUAUAGAAAAGCUGUAACCUAUGUCCAAAUGUACCUUUGCAUGUAGCUAGCUACUGAACAAACUAUGGACUGUUUAUAUGUAUAAUUAUUGUAUAUUGAAGAUCACUGAUUCAAUUUCUGCUUUGAUAUGAUAGUGAAGCUCUUUUUAAAAGGCAGUAUUUUCCCCAGACAUCCUAUCAAUUGACUUUAAGUGUAUCCUGAGCUUCCUGCUUCCUUCCCAGGUUGUUUCUAAUGAAAAAAAAAACAUAGAAAACAAAUACAAUGACCAAUGAUUAAACAUACUGUAGACAAUCAUAUUGAUGGCUGUAUAGGUACACAACUUUGGGAGAGUCUGGAUGAAAGGCUUUUAAUGUGACACAUGUUCAGUCAAGAGAAACCAUAGCACUGUGCUUAAUAUCAUCUUUAGUAACAACUCUUGUCUAGUUUUAUGACAUGUAUAGUGAAUGUACGAUGCUACUGCCAUCACAUAUCAUGAUGUACAGUACCAAGGUUGUUUUGUUGUCUUUUUUCCCUAUUGCACAUUCAUAAAUGUAUGCAUGUGGUCUGAGCUGAUUCAGAUGUAAAAUACACGAUGUAUAGAAAAAAUAUAUCCACAGAAGAGGACAUUUUGGCCAGAUUUAAAUUUUUGAAAACCAAUGUAUUGUAAAUUUGUCAAUUUUAGCUCAGCAUAGCAACUUCAACAAAGCUUGUUUAAUGUUUACAGUCAUCUCUCAAAGAUCACUAUUGUAAUAGAUAGCUAUAAUAUUGUAAUCUCAUUUGCCUCUGCAGCUUUGUCCAACCUCACCAAACUCUACCUGUAUAUUACUGUUAAUCGUUACCAGUCACUUACAUGUACCUGAGCUGUUGGUUUGGGAGUUGAAUGUCUGUUGUACAUAUGUAAUGUAAUAUACACUCCUACUCUGCAGCAUCUGUUUGAUGUAUGAUGUGACCAUGUCAGUGCUAAAGUUAGAGGAUUUGAACUGACUGACAUUGGAUCAGGAUAACAGAAUGCCUGGUCCUAUGGAACUUGUCUCUUGCCAUUUUUGUUUGAUUUUAAAGACACCAAAUGUAGUUCCAUGCCCCAAAAGUCAUGAAUGCUUUUCUUUAAUUUGAUUAUAAUUUCCCAAAUCUGUUGUCAAAGUGAAAAUCUCACCUCACCUUACUUAGAAUUUCUUCCACAGAAAAUCUAAAUGAGUAAAUCAAAAGGAGGGACUAUCAUCAGUGCAACUAAUCUUAUAACUACAGAUGUAUCUCUGCUGUGCUUUACAGAUUUUCCCUUGCUUAAUCUAUCAAAUUUGGCUGAUACAAACACAGGGACAGAUUUUAUUUUGGAAUGACUAUUUUCAGUUUUUUGUCUGUUUUGUUGUGUUUAGUUGUCCGCAGGCUCUAUAUAAAGCAGUUCACAGCAGAAAUGUACGUGUUCCCUUCAGCCUGCAUGUAGACUGUUUAUGCAGGUAGAGACAGCAGGUGACUCCUGCACACUUUAGCUGUGGCACCUCUUGAAAGGGUGACCAAGUCACUUCCCACUGUGACUCUCUCUCUCUCUCUCUCUCUCUCUCUAGCUCUCUCGCUCAUUCUCUCACACUACUUCAUUGCUCUCUCCUUUUCUUACUCUCUCUGUUUGGCCUUGUUGGAAGUGACGUGUCGACACUCUAGUUUGCCUCCAUGUGACUGCACAGCCGUGACAAUAAAGCUGAACUCAAAGGGCUCA